AGACUUCCAGAAAAUUUUAGUAAAUAGUUAAUCUAGAUCUAGAUGAAGCUGCGGUGAAAGUUACCUCAAGGUGUGGAAGUAAUUCUAGAUCUAGAUGAAGCUACGGUGAAAGAGAUGAGAAAGCAAGAGGAGAUUGCUAAAGCCAAGCUAGCCAUGGAAAGGAAAAAGAAGCUGGCAGAGAAAGCCGCUGCUAAAGCUGCCAUAAGAGCUCAAAAGGAAGCUGAGAAGAAAGAACAAAAGGAGCGAGAGAAGGCGGCCAAGAAGAAGACAGGAGGCAGCAACGCAUACGAGGCCAUCUCUGAGGAAGUUCCUGAAGCUUCUGAGGCUGAGAAGGAGGAGAUUGAAGCUCCAGUGGAGGAGAAACCAAAGAAGGAAAAGAAAGUCUUGAAGGAGAAACCAAUAAGGAACAGGAUCCGCUAUAGAGGAGGACCGGAAACACUCCCGAGACCAAUGCUCAAGCGUAAGAAGCAGACUAACUACGUGGUUUGGGCUGCUCCAGCUGCUGUUGUGGUACUAAUGCCUCUUGAUUUGGGUUACUACUACGUUUUGUAGAUCAAGGGAAGCUGUGUUUGCUGUAGUUUGGGUCUUUUUAAAGCUUUCUUUUGAGGAUGAGAUUCUUUAAAACUUAUGUCUCAUUUACAUACUGAGUAGAGACUCUUCCCUUUUUAAAUACUUUUUUACAUUUCACUUAUGUAUAUAUAAAUCCAAAAAUAGAAAAUGGUAGUUAAUUAAAAGGUUACAAUUUUAAAAA